GUUGAGGAAGACCCGAAUUCGUCCAAGGUGAGGGGCUCGGUGAGGCCGGUGAACGGCUGUCAAGGUGGGGUAAAAGUUUAUGCGACGGCGAAAAAUAUCAGGGCCCAGGCGCACACAAUUUCUCCAACCACUGACGACCAGAGAAGGUAGAAGGCAUCGCGGGCCUAUCAAGAAACUCCGAGGUAAAACAAGGACCGAAUUUAUCCCCGAUUGAUAGACUCGAGCUCACCGAGUCGUCGCCCCAGCCAUCUUGUCCCUCCCCCACCAAAACUCCAUUCGACACAUUCCAACAUCAUGGCGGACGUUCAGGAACGGUUGAAGAAGCUUGGUGCUUCCGCUCGUAUCGGUGGCAAGGGUACUCCCCGGAGGAAGGUGAAGCGCGCGCCCGCGCGCUCCGCCGGCGACGACAAGAAGCUGCAGCAGUCGCUCAAGAAGCUCAAUGUCCAGCCCAUCCAGGCUAUUGAGGAGGUCAACAUGUUCAAGAGCGACGGCAACGUCAUCCACUUCGCCGCUCCCAAGGUUCACGCCGCCGUCCCCUCCAACACCUUUGCCAUCUACGGCAACGGUGAGGACAAGGAGCUGACGGAGCUUGUGCCCGGUAUCCUCAACCAGCUCGGCCCCGACUCGCUUGCCUCGCUCCGCAAGCUGGCCGAGAGCUACCAGAACAUGCAGAAGAAGGAGGAUGACGAUGAGAUCCCCGACCUCGUGGCCGGCGAGAGCUUCGAGAACAAGGUCGAGUGAACGGCUUAAUCCCGGGAAAUAAAACUCUACCGCAAUUUGUUCCGUUAUCUGCGUUGCUUGGUGUUGCGAGGACAUACAUGAUUAUGUUAUUCCAUAAGCCAAUGGCGGUUUCUGCGGUAUUCAUCACAUCGGCCCCAGAACCUAGGUCUGAGGGACAACGGGGAACACACGGUCGAUUGUACGCGUGCAGUCGAUCGCUGGAGUACGUGACCAAUGUCAGAGGGAGGCGAUGGGCUUGGUCGCUGCGGUGUAGCUUCUAGGAUGCCACUAUAUACCAUGGGGGAUCUCGACAUCACAAACUAAACCCGCCAUCGCCAGUAUUCCUGAGCCACCCCUUCAGUGCUUCAUUCCUUGCCUCCUCCUUCACCCUUCUCCUGCCCGCCAACAAACUCCCCUCCUUAACCUCAUCGUAUGACACCGCCCCCAACUCCUC